UCCUAUAUAACCACUUAACUUCAACCAAAUAUCAAAGGGUUGACUGUUAACCAUAAAAUCAUGAAUAGGGGUUCUACAUUGAGCAACAAGAGUUGCACUUUCUUAGGUGCUUUGGUUGUAUUGAUGUUGAUGAUACAACAAGGGAGUGCAGGGUUGUACUCGUGUUGGGGAGGGUGUCUCAACGAAUGUUUUCUUUUUAGUAGCAAAAGAAUUGGAGAAAGUUUUCCAUGUUAUAUUAAUUGUUUUCUGGGCAAGUGCCUUUCUCAACCACCAGGCCAGACCGGUCUCAGAACACCUCACCGUUUGGUUAAUCACCCGGCACCAUUGCAUGCACCUUCACCCUCUGAUUCAAAAGCAUAUGAAGAUUAUUUCAUUGAUAAAACAUAUGAAAACCAUCGCUAUCAUCUACAAAAUUGCAUAAAAGAUUGCUCUCUGCAAACUUGCUGGUUAGCCACCAAUGGUGAGAGAGACCUAAAAGGUUGCCUAACAAGAUGUAUCGACAAAUGUAAGGAUUUGAACAUUUGAACAAUUAAAUCGGACAUAUUAGUAAAGGAUGUGUAAUGGGUAUUCAUUAUACAAUAUAACAAGAAAU